CACACACACAGACAGUCUCUUACUCUCUCGCACACACUCCUAUCCUGUAGCUGUCAGUACUUGCUGAACUCUCCCCCUGACACUAACUGCAGGGAUCAGAUACCGCCACACACAGAUCCUGCGCCCCCCACAGGGAUCGGUCACAUCUUCUCAUUUUGGACUUCUGGGGAUCCCUAAGUGGCUCUCAGGACCCUACUUUCUGUUUUCCCCUAUUGUAUUGGAGGAUCUAAGACAUGAGUAUUCUAAGGGGGUCCCUGAGGGGGGUGCUGGCACCCAAUGUUCAUAGGACCAGCAUGCCCUCCCCACUCAGCUCUGCACUCCUGUGCCUCCUCAGGUCGCUGUCAGGAACGCCGCUGGCUGAACGGGACGGGAAAGUCGCUCGCAAGAUGUCUGAGAACGGGACUUGCAAUCGGAUCCUGACGCUGGAGUCCAUGAACCCCUGUAUCCAGAAGGUGGAGUACGCAGUGAGGGGCCCUAUUGUCAUCAGGGCUGUGGAACUGGAGAAGGAGCUGCAGCAGGGGGUGAAGAAGCCAUUCACAGAAGUGAUCAAAGCAAAUAUUGGAGAUGCCCACGCAAUGGGUCAGAAACCCAUCACUUUCCUGCGCCAGGUCAGUGCCAUCUGCCUGUACCCCGAGCUUAUGAACGACAACAAGUUUCCGGAGGACGUGAAGCAGAAGGCAGCUCGAAUUCUGCAGGCGUGCGGCGGGCACAGCAUUGGGGCCUACAGUGCCAGCCAAGGAAUUGAAGUGAUCCGUCAGGAUGUGGCAAAGUACAUUGAGAGGAGGGAUGGGGGCAUCCAGUCCGACCCCAACAACAUCUACCUCUCCACGGGGGCCAGUGACUCUAUCGUGACUAUGCUGAAGCUGCUGGUGUCUGGGCAGGGGAAAUCCCGGACGGGGGUGCUGAUCCCGAUCCCCCAGUACCCCCUGUAUUCGGCAGCCCUGGCAGAGCUAAAUGCUGUGCAGGUUAAUUAUUAUCUGGACGAAGAGAACUGCUGGGCCCUGGACAUCAACGAGCUGCGGAGAUCACUGACAGAAGCCCGAAAGCACUGUGACCCCAAAGUACUGUGUAUCAUUAACCCAGGAAACCCCACAGGGCAGGUGCAGAGCAGAAAGUGCAUUGAGGACGUGAUCCGUUUUGCUGCUGAAGAGAAUCUUUUCCUGAUGGCUGAUGAGGUGUACCAAGAUAAUGUCUAUGCCAAGGGCUGUACCUUCCAUUCCUUCAAAAAGGUUCUGUUUGAGAUGGGACCCAAGUACUCGGAAACCGUGGAACUGGCCUCUUUCCACUCCACAUCCAAGGGAUACAUGGGAGAGUGCGGAUUCAGAGGGGGUUACAUGGAAGUGAUCAAUAUGGAUCCUGCUGUCAAGCAACAACUAACCAAGCUGGUGUCUGUGCGUCUGUGCCCCCCAGUGCCCGGGCAAGCAUUGCUGGAUGUGAUUGUGAACCCACCAAAGCCUGGGGAGCCCUCCUACAAACAGUUCAUGGCUGAGAAGCAGGCCGUGCUGGGGAACCUGGCUGAGAAGGCUCGUCUCACUGAGGAAAUCCUAAACCAAUCCCCUGGGAUCCGCUGUAACCCAGUCCAGGGAGCCAUGUACUCGUUCCCCAGGAUCCACAUCCCAGAAAAGGCCAUUAAACUGGCACAGGCCGAGGGGCAGGCCCCAGAUAUGUUCUUUUGUAUGAAGCUUCUGGAAGAGACUGGAAUCUGUGUGGUACCUGGAAGCGGAUUUGGACAACGUGAGGGCACGCACCAUUUCAGGAUGACCAUUCUCCCUCCCACGGAUAAACUAAAGAGCCUGUUAGAGCGGCUGAAGGAUUUCCACCAGAAGUUCACAGAGGAGUAUUCCUAGAAUGCCACAACGGUGCAGACCUGCCGCUUACGUGUCCUUAUCUUAACUGCUGAUGAGUAGUACAUGUGCAACCCUCAGAUUUGCCCCAGUGCUUUUUACCUCCUGCUUUCCGCCCUCAGACAUCUGACCUACUCAACCCCAACCCAGGAGAAGCCUUCACUGAUGACUGAGCUGAACUCCCAGGUGCACUCACGGCCGACUCCCCAACUAGAGAUGAACUUGCGGGGAAGGCCCAAAACCGUGCCUCGCAGUAUUCACUAAUUAUGAACCAAUCAGUAACCAGAUACAACCACACGUGCACCUUUUUGUUUUUAUCUCAAUUGAGCACUUUCAUUGGAAUCCAAAGCCAAAAUGUGAACGAGCUCCGCGUUUCCUUACACGAAUGACUGUGCCUCGCUAAGGGGGCCGCCCAAUGACCACUCAAUGCACUUUCUUAUUUCCCAGCCUAUUGCCCCAUCUGUCUCUUCUCUAGGGCCCUGCUGGCUAGUAGCUGUAGAGAGGUAACUCUGCUUUUAGGGUGUUUUAUUGACCAAUGUGGGUGCAGUACAGUAGGCCUUAUUGGGUCCCCUUAUGGCCCUCGUUGCUUAAUCUCUUGCUUUUUAGACAUAAUUAACCCAUUAAUGUAGCAUCAUGGAAGCUUUACGUUCAGGCCCUUGGGUGGCUGAGCUCCGUAGGCCUUAAUCCAGCUCCGAUGCCCUGCUGAAGUCCCUAAGUGUCCUUUCUAAGUUUGGGCUUGCCUGAUAUUGUACCUAGGAGGGCACCUCAAAGUUCCCAACGCUGCUCGGAAUUUAGCGAUAAUACGAAUGCAUGGAAGGUGCUAUGCAAUGUCUCUGAUGACAAACUGGAAUGCCUACACUUGUGCUUUCUCCGGAGGCGGCCAUGUUGGAUGCAAAAUAAAGUUCAGGAUGAGCUUUGCAUUUUUAUCAACCCAUCAGAAACACCCAAGGACCCGCUGAGUAACAGGUUCUGGUUGCACCCAUGCACUUGCCCAUUCCAAUCACUCCACUUUAUUAUUCAGAUUGGUUGCUAUGGGCAACUGCACUAGGGCAAUUUAGCACCAAAGUCUUAAGUAUUCUUGGCUGUCUGGUCGUCCUUGGCUGCUGCUCAGUCAUCUCUCACUGUCGCCAGAUCCGCCGGUUCCCUAACGGACCUUCUAGCCAAGGCGCCAAGCAGCCAAACCACUGGCCAGUCCUGUUUAGCAUUUUCAUAUAAAGGGCUAAAAUGAAUGUUUUUAAUAUGAAUCAAUAAAGAUUGUAAGGAAGA